UGAUAUACACGCAUAUAUGUCUAUACAUUGUUAAAGGGAGGCUUUGUGGACAGCUUGUCGGUACGACUGUACCAUUCGUCCUCGGGCAAAUAUGGUUGGCGGGAAGUACCUGCUACUGAUGCUGGUAAUGGCAGCAAUACUCUCGAUAUCAACAGGACACAGAAAUAGUGAUAGCGAAAACACUGACGACAGUGAUGAGGACGACAGGAGUGAUGACCGUGGCGAUGACGAUGGCGAUGACGAUGGCGAUGACGAUAGCGGAGAAGAUGACAGCGAUGAAGACAAGAGUACGUGCCCAGGCGAAACGAAAAAUCACGUGUGCUGCAACUACGUGGAUCACGUGAUCCCAGUGUCACGGUGGAAAGAACACCCGUGUAACGGAUCAGAGGAUUACAGAAGUGAAAGGCCAUAUGGUGGGGAACCCGUAUGCUACAAGCAGAGAGUAUAUUACGUGACAAUUCAAGUUUAUUUCAAGGUCUGCUGUGAAGGAUGGGUGAAGGACGAAUACGGCCGCUGUACAGUUCCUGCAGCUCCCGAGAUACAGUGUGAAAAUGGCGGCACUCCAGACCCUGAUGGCAAUGCCUAUUGCCUAUGUACCAGUGACUUCACGGGAAGACAAUGCGAGACAGCUGUGUGUACACCUCGGUGUGACAAUGGUGGGGAGUGUAUCGCCGAGAACGGCCACUCAUCAUGUCUCUGUACAGAAGGGUUCACCGGUACUCGGUGUGACCAACCUGUGUGUCCCGAAAGGUGUCAGAAUGGAGGGUCGUGUGUAUCACAAGGAUACUAUGCUGCAUGUGAAUGUCCCCAUGGAUUCUCAGGCGCAGCGUGUGAACACAAGGUGCGACCAGGCACAUGCCCGUCCAUCCGGGACAUUGGGGAUCCACGUGAUUCGCAAUCCAGGUGUGUUUUUGAUGACAAUUGUCCUGAUAGCGACAAAUGCUGCCCCUCACAGUAUGGGAAAUUCUGUGUGACUCCGGGUACGCCCACAUGUCUGUACAAUGGCAAGCACUACAAGGAGGGUGAGGAAUUCAGUCGAAGUUCUUGUGAGAAAUGCACGUGCAUCCGGCCGUCCAUCCUCCAUCACACUGAUGAUGAGUUUGCUUGUUACACGAUUGACUGCCCACCAAUAAGCUGUCCAGAUUACACUUACCCCACGGACAUGUGCUGUCCCGUGUGUGCAGGUACCCUUCCACGUGAACCACAGAUAUCAGAUUGUCCAACUCAGGCUGUAGAUGUAGCAGUCCAACCAGAUAGGAACAUCAUCAGCGUCGCUGAAAGGUUUAAGAGUAUCAAGGCCCGUGACCACAAGAUGGAAGUUCUUAAGGUGAAAUUCUCUCAUGCCUACUUGAGUUCGUGUGCCUGUAACUACACCGAACUUGACAUUCAACAUAUAUCUGUCGUGUCAGAACCUGACGCUUAUGGACGAGUGGCCUAUUGCUCCUUUACAGUCAAGGUUGUCGACGUGCAUUCUCCCAAAUUUAGCCGUUGUCCUUCCAUGAUCAGCGCUUUCACAGACCAGAAGAUAUUGUGGCGAGCUCCUUCAGCCUCCGACAACGUCGGAGUCCGCGAAAUAAAUCUGAGAAGUAAAUACGCCAACAACACCAUGUUUCCGGAGGGAAAGCAUUACGUAGAAUAUUUCGCCAAAGACUUCCACGAGAAUGUCGCCGUUUGUCGUAUCCCCGUCUCGGUCUACCACAGAGACACUACCGAUCCUUCACUACCCAUCGGAAUGAGGUUAAGCUCGACCGACAGGAACAAGCACAACAUGUACAUAGGUGUAGGAGUCGGAGGUGCAGUCCUCUUGAUACUGGUAUUGCUGGGACUACUGUACUGUAGGCAUCUACGUACGCCUGCCCCUGAACAGACUCUGCCCGUCAAGGGUAAAACAUCGGAAGCCUUUGACAAUGGAAUCUACUCCGAAGGUGUGUCCCCACCACCUUACGACAACAUCGCUUUCAAGGGAGAUAAGAGCGGGCCUCCCCCGUACAAACCUGUAACUCCUCCUCCUGUUUACCGGGCCAGCAGCACGACAUCUGACUACGCGAGUAUCGCUGUGCCAUCUGUCACCAGUGGGGUUGAUAAUCAGAUGUACAUGGAUGAAAGUCUGUACCAUUCAAUCCAAGCACUCUCACCUCUCUCCGACAAAGGCAGUUUGGGAGAAAAAAGCCCCCCUCCAUCCUACAGAGGAGUUCCCGCCAGUCCCAACAGCCACUAUGCAGAGUUAGACGUAAAGUCUGUCGACAACCAAGCUUUCUACGAUCAGCCCAACCAGGAGAAGUCGUCUUAGAGUUUUAUUUUCUUUUUCAGUUUGCAAGCAACUGGUCAAUUGAUAACCGGACACAUUUAAUCAGUGAUUUCCAUGUAUUUGAUUGACAUGUACAUUGCAACAUUUUGCUUGCCUCAUAUACCUAAUCAGUAAAUCUUGUUGAGGUUGCUUAGAAGUUGUAAAGUAGGUUAGUAUUAUACAGAGAUUUAAAAAAAACAAAAUUGUAACAGAACGUUUGAUUUUCAAAAUGCACGUUCAUGCGUUACAUACGUGAUUACACGACAGAACAUUAGUUGUUAAAUGGUUUUUGUGGUAUUAAGUAAGCCCAUUGUAUUGAAAGGAGUAACGUCCGUAUGCUGUAAAUGACUAACAUGAUCUAUUGGAAGGUAAUAUUGGUCAUAAUUGACCACUCUCUAAUGUCUUAUAUGUUCUGAAGAAGCACUCGCCAUACAUCGACACUCCAUACUUCAGACAUGCCGUACCCUAACAAUAGCCUUACUUAACACUCUCCGUAUCUCAAUACCCACCAUUAAGGAGUUGUACGUAAGAGGGACCGACCAUAUGUCUGCGAAACAUUGAUGACGUCCAUCUCUACACGACUACAAACAUGUGUUGUAACGUGUCCUUGACAACAUUUUAACAAUUAACAAAUGUAUCUAAUUAGCAAUGCUUUUUUGAACUAGCUUAAUAUAUUUUAUUUUAUUUAUAUACGUUCAAUACUAUCUAGUUGCCAUGUUCAUUUGCAUGUGUUGUGUACCUUUAGGGUAUAUGCGUUAUUAUAUUACCUUCGAGAUGUUUUGUUCAUGGUACACAUGCAUUAGCAUAAUAUAAACGUUUUGCGUUAUAAAGGAUUCAUGUUAUAGAACUUUUACCAAAUUUUUGCAGAAGAAAUGUUUUGAUUUUAAAACCAGAGUUGAAUUUGUGGAAUUUGUUUUAUUGAAAGAUAUUGAUUAGAGGUCUAUCGAAGAAAUAUUAUUAUUUUUGUCAUUGUCUAAAGUGAUGUUUAUUACGUAUCUUAAUAAAAUGUCAAGUUGUAAAUACAAUAAAAUACAUGUUUGUAACUUUAACAAUGGGACAUCCAUGCUUAACUCGUGUAGUGUGAGGUCGUUUUUCUGAGCCAUGAGAUGGUAUACCGCCAAUGUGAUAAACGCUCCGUCUUCAUUUUCGUAUUAAAAAAAUGAAUUCCCAAUAAAUCAAUGAUUAGAUAUGAACAUACAUUUUGUAUUUAUUAUCUCAAACAUCAAUUAAAGAUAAAUAAUCGUUAAUCUCUGAUAAUUAUGCUAUGUCAAAUAUUGAAAAAAUGUUCAUAUAUUACCUGUAAUCAAAACAUGAUUGAUUUGAAGUGAAAACAAAUUCAAGAAGAUACAGUUCAUAAUAUACGAACAGAACACUAUUAAAAAUCACAAUAUUA